GCUCCAGUGGGUCCUCGCACCCCAUGAAGCUGCAAGUCAAGGCCGGCUAUGAAGAGCGGCGCAUCUACAUUGGCAACCUACCUGCAAAGGUUACAGAGGACGACAUCCGACAUCAUUUCCAUACCUUUGGGGAGAUUGAGUUUGUGUCUCUGAAGCACAAGACCAAGGAGCAAGAGAGCUUCUGCUUCCUCGGUUUCGAUAGCGCCGGAGCAGCCAGCAGCGCCAUCCGGCAGAUGGACGGGUCUGAUGCCUGGGGCAGCCCGAUCAAGGUCACACUGUCCAAGCCGCCCGAGAGGAAAGGGUCAAGCUACCACCGAAGUGUGGAGUACUCCGACGCUCCUCGCGAUGAAGGGCGGCGGAGGCGCAGCCGCAGCCGGCGCAGCAGCCGCUCCAGUUCCAGGAGGCCUUCGCAAGGGAGGCGCAGCUACGGGGCCAGCAGAGCGAGGCCGCAAACCCGCUCACCUGGCAACGAGAACUCCCGGGCCCUUCUGAACCGACCCCCAAAGGAGGCCAGCGCGAAUCGGUCUGAAAAGUCCUACAGCGAUCGUGAGAGCUAUAGUGACGAGGAGUCAGAGGCGCAAGAAGUUGCGCCGGAACCGCGCGCGGCAGCUCCUGCACCGGAAGAGCCCAAAGUGGAGGAGGAUCAAGGGGGGGAGUCCAGUGCGUCGAGCUCCAGCAGCGAAGGCGAGGAGCCUGACAAGCCGACGAGGUCGUCGACGGGGCGGGCUGAAGAGGCCACCCCCGGGAGGGCUCCACAGCAAGAGGCGGAUGAUGAGGCGCCGUCUUCCACCGCUGCAGAAGGUGCCAACGAUGCUGGCGGCAGGGGCGUCGUCAAGCGGCGAAAGCGCCGACGUGUCAAUGCCGAAGGCCAACCAGAGCGCCGGAUGAAACGACGCCGAAAGCUCCCUGCAACGAACAAGGAGGCCGUGCCCCUCGAGACGAGGUCGAGGAGCAGGACUGCCGCGAGCCCCAUGAGGCCAACGAGCCCCACCAACGAGCGGGCGAGCUCACCACGGUCCGAACCUCCGGAGGACGCCGCACCGCGAAAGCCGCCUCUUCAGCGAAAGAGACCGGAGAAGAGGGGAGAAGAGAGGGGCAUCCGAGUGAGGGUUGAGAACCUCCCCUCCGACAUGACGCUCUCAGAGCUGAAGAAUACGGCCUUGGACUUCGGCGAGGUAAGCGAGCUGAAGCUCUGGAAGAUGUCCGACGGCUCCAAAACAGGACAGCCCAUGCGGGCCCUUUGGGCGGCUGUGCUCUGCAGUACAGCCGGCGCCCAGAUCUACAAAUUCAAAGAAACCACCGUGCCAGAAAGCAAAUCGUUGAGCUUGCUUUAUGCCUUCUUCAUCUAUGAUCCCCCGAACGUCACCGGGAAGCGAGCUCCGGUAACUCCCUUCGUGCAGUUCAAGAGCCUGAAGGCGUCCUCCACAUCAGAGGAUUUCGACAACGACAAGCUCAAAGACUACCAGGGUCUGCAGGUUCAUUUGAUAAAGUAUGAAGACUUGUGGUCGCAAGUUGACACCAGCCAGAUGUGCGCGACCUACUAUGAUGUCCAGCAGGGUCUCAGCCAAGUCCAGGAUCACCUCAUUAUUCGCAGAAACAAGGGGCAAAGCUUGGCAGACGUGAAUGUCUACAGGCAUCAGCUUCGGUUUGGAAAGAAGGAGCCUGACGAGAGGUUUGUCGUGAAGCAUGGUGGGGUCUACUACCUCGUCGUUUCGAACUGCGGCACCUUUGACCAGGCGACAAUCAGUGGCCAGAUCAUCGUCAAGAAUCAGCAUGGCUACCUCCCAGCGAACGAGUACAGCAAAAUGCCUUUUUAUGGCAUUUCCGGCCUCGUCUGCAGUGGGCUAUUCGUCGUCUGGGUGCUGCUGUGCGUGCGGUGGUGGACGCAGCUCUUCAACAUCCACCUUUGCAUUGCUGCGGUCUGCUUCCUGGCAGUAGCCGAGUCUGGAAUCUGGUACCUCUUCCUGAUAGACUGGAACAGCAGCGGCAUGCACAGCAACUUCCUUUUUGCCUCUGCCGUCGUCUGCUCCGUGACGAGGUCGACAGCCUCUUACAUGCUGGUACUACUGGCCUGCCUGGGUUGGGGAGUGACGAAGCCUAUCCUAGACGGCUCCACCAUUUGCCGAAUCCUCUGCCUGUCUUUCAUCUACAUCGUGCUCAAUGUGAUCCGGGAGAUCGU